CGGCUCGCCUCAGACUAUCAAACGCAAAUCUUCAUCCUCGCCUCAUCACCUUCCGCACUCUCUCCGUACCUCACGUUAAAGGUCUCCCUUAUGGCGCCGAGACAACAUCCGAUACGGACAACUCAUUAGCGCUGUCAUCAGCCAUGGAUGAAAUGCAGGAGCAAGUGAAGGCGGUGCUUGCGGAAGAGAAGAAGCCGGACAUCAUAUUCUUUGAUUUUGCGAAUUGGAUCCCGAAUUUAGCCUCGGAGAUGGGCUGCAAGGCAGUGUUUUUCAGUGUGGUAAGCCCUGCGAUAGCUGCAAUCACUCUGCUGAUCUCCACAAGCAAAGAGAAUCUGUUGACAGUGUCUGAUGUAAUGGAAUAUCUCCCGAAUUACCCUUCUUCCAAUGCGCCUGUUCUUUGCAAAAACGAAGCACGAGCUUUGGCAGGGUAUGCUAAUCAACCAAACAACUGGAUGAUAGAGUUCCUUAGCAAGGGUGUGAUAGGAGCCAGACAGAGUGAUGCAUUGGCAGUGAGAGCCUGCAGAGAAAUGGAAGGGGCCCACUGCGACCACCUCUCGGUGCUGUAUAAGAAGCCAGUGUUUUGCACAGGUCCUCUCUUCCCUGAGCCUACAGAUGAGCCACUAGAUGACAAGAUUUCAAAUUUUCUCAAGAAAUUCGGUUCUGCGUCUGUGGUUUUCUGUUCAUUUGGAAGUGAACUUUUUCUCGAUUUUUCCCAAUUCCAAGAACUGGUUCUAGGCCUUGAGCUCACAGGGCUACCCUUUCUUCUGGCUGGAACUAAGCCACCAAAAGGGACAACAUCAAUCCAAGAUGCCUUACCAGAGGGAUUCCAGGAAAGGGUAAGAGAAAAGGCGGUGUUAUACGAAGGGUGGGUCCCACAGACUCAGAUUCUAAGGCACACAUCAAUCGGGUGCUUUGUGAGCCACGGCGGUUCGGCGUCAAUGUGGGAGUCAUUAGUGAGUGAUUGCCAGAUAGUGUUCGUGCCGACUAGGGGAGACUAUUGUAUGAAUGCCAGGCUCAUGGCCGCAGAGCUUCAGCUCGCAGUGGAGGUGGAAAUGGAUGAAAAUGGCGGGUUUUCAAAAGAGAGCCUUAGCAGAGGUGUCAAGGCAGCCAUGGAUGAUGAUAGCGAGGUGGGAGGCCAGCUGAAGAAGAACCAUAAGAGGUGGAGGGAUGUGUUUCUGAGCAAAGGAUUUGCUGACAAUUACAUAGGCAAAUUCAUUCGUGAUUUGGAGAAGCUUUUGUGAGGUUAAAAAAUUAAAUGAGUGACCCUUGAGUCUAUGGAGAAAGUCUAAGCAACAAACUAGCUUGCUCUUAUGUAAGUAGUUUUUUUUAUGUAAGUCCCUCUACUGCAUUUCAUGUAUGACUGUGUUAGUGUGUUUGGCUAUCAUAAUAAUGUUAUAAUUAGGAGAUUUGAGAUUUUCUGGAUCAUUUUUUAAGCUCUCAAUAUUCUAAGUUUAGGUAUAUAAUUCAGUCAAAGUUGCCUUAAUGACAAAGAAACGCCUAAACAUGGG